AAGCCCGCCUCUCUCUCUCUCUCUCUCUCUCUCUCUCUCUCUCUCUCUCUGCGUCUCUUUCGCCGUUUCUUUCUUCGCUUCAUUCAACACUCGCUCUUCCUUUUGUUCCGAGCAAGAAUUGAAUCCCUUCUCUCUUUUCCUAUUUCCCACCAAUUUCCCCUCUGCCCAUGUUGUCCACGUAACUCUCUCACUCACUUUGUGUUGUUACGUGCUUGAGAAACUGGACGAAAAUGGCGCGUUCACAGAGUGAGAACUCCGGCUGCUUCUCUGCCCUCCUGCGCCACCUCCUCUGCAGCAACGGCGCUCCAACCCACCCGUCCGACGACGCCCUCGUCGCCGAACCGAGCUCCAAGAGCACCAACGACGCCGACCCUGUCUUCAUCAAAGAAUCGCCCAAGCGCGACCCGGCCAGGACCCACCGGCCGUCGCAGAGGCCGGCGGGAGUCGUCGCCAGGCUCAUGGGGCUCGACUCGCUGCCGGACACCAAGUGGGUCCCCAGGGCCAAGUCCCCCGACACGUUCCUCCGGAGCAGGUCGGUCAAUUUCAUGGACUACCUGCUCGAGCUCGACCUGGACGAAGCCGACCGCAACCGGCACCGGAGGGUCAGGACUUCGGUGUCGUUCCGCGAAGUGCCCGCUUCGUUAGCGGAUCGAGAAAAGAGCGAGGAUCUAAUCGUUCUGUACUUGGGUGAUGAGGAGGAUUUGGGGAAGAACAAGAAGAAGAAGGGUGAAAGCAGAGGAAGGAGAAAACAGAAGACGCCGACGACGACGACGAAGAAGAAGAAGAAGGAGAAGGAGAUGGAGAGCGAGCGUGAGGAAGGUAAAGAGAGGAAGGUGUCCAGACUGAGGGACGAGCCGAGGCGGGUCAAAGUCAGUCAACGCGAUCGGGGAGGACAGCCACAGCACUGUGCAGAGCUAAAACUGAGGGCAAGGAAGCCAUUGAUGGUGGUGAAAGAGAAGGAGGCCUUGGUGGGCGGCGAUCUGGCAUUCGUAAGCGGAGGAAGGAGAGAUAAGCGAGCCGCCGUUGGCGGCGGAGAGACUUCGUCGAGCCCGGUUUCGGUUCUUGAUCAACCGCCGGCAAGUCGUCUUCAAGAGGACAGUACCACCAACAGACAUUUCAGCUCCGUCCAACUCGCGCGCAUCAUUCUAGAUCCGUUCGUUCGUGACCAAAAACCAUGCAACAACCAGAUCGAUGGUUCUUCGGAGGUCGAUCACUUCAUCGAGGAGGUCAUUAAGGUGAGGAAAUUGGCUGAAGAAGACGUACAGCGCUCGAAAUGGUUCAGAGUUGGUUCUGCAAAUCUUGAAGAGUUGAGUGCGAUGCUCGAGCACCAUGUCCUGGACCAUCUGGUGGAGGAAGUCGUGAGGUUUCUAUGAAGGAGAAAGUUGUCAUUUUAGGGUUCGAGAAACCGCUGAUGGGGAGAGGGUUGGUCAGUGCCAUAUAUAUGUUCGGGUUAACUUCACUUAUAGUCCUUGUACUUCUAGGACAUGUGACUUUGAUACGGGCAAUUGGCUAGCUAGGGCGGGGCAAUGGUUAAUGCGCCUGCUAAACUCGUCUCUCAAGUAACUAGUCGAUCGCUAAAGUCGUGCUUUACGUGCUCUCUGCCUCACUUCUCUCUAAUCUCAAAAUUAUCCAUUUGGGUUCGCUUA